AUGGACCAAGAAAAAGGACCUCGGAUGAACAGCCAUGCUCAGACGGUUCAAGAGGAUUAUGCCGAUGUGACUCUUCGAAUUGUAGAGGAACAUGGUGAUGAAUUCGGGCCGCUAACACCUGAAAAGGAGAAGAAGCUGAGAAUGAAGCUUUAUCUUCAUAUCAUGGGAUUGAUGUCUGUCAUCAACAUCAUACUUUUUAUUGAUAAAUCAACCCUGGGAUAUGCUGCCAUUCUUGGGCUUUUUGAAGAGACAGGAAUCUCUAAAUCGCAGUACAAUACCCUGAACAGUCUGUUCUACGUCGGCUAUCUGGUUGGCCAAUGGCCUGGUCAUUACUUGAUGCAGCGUCUCCCCCUCGGAAAGUUCGUCAGCGGCAUGAUCUUCCUCUGGGGAGCUAUUAUACUACUUCACUGUGCAGCAACCAGAUACGGCGGGUUGGUCGUGCUCCGACUAGCCCUUGGCCUCGUUGAAGCAGUUGUCGUCCCGGCUAUAGAGAUGACCAUUGGAAUGUUUUUCAACCGCGAAGAACAAUCAUUCCUGCAACCUAUUCUCUGGAUAACAUGUGUGGGCGCCCCCAUCCCCGCCGGCUUCAUUUCCUAUGGUCUUCUGUUCAGCAAGGGCUCCAUUCUCCCCUGGAAACUAUUCAUGAUCAUCAUCGGCGGUGUAACAGUGAUGCUAUCGAUAUGGGUAUUCUUUGGAUACCCUGACAAUCCCGCCACAGCCCGAUUUCUCACACUGGAAGAGAAGGUCCACGUCAUCAAUCGCGUGCACAACUCCCAUCAGAGCUCGAUUGAGCAAAAACAUUUCAAAAAGGCCCAGCUUCUCGAAACCCUUCGUGAUUCUGUAUCUUGGUUAUUUGCCCUGCAGGCAUUCACACUUAUGUACUGCAACAAUCUCAACUACGGACAGCAAAACCUACUCACCACCUCUCUUGGUGUGUCGGAACUGGGCUCAACACUUGUUGCAGCAGCCGGGGGAGGAUUCGGCGUGGCGCUUUGCAUCACCGCUACGCUUGCGCUAAAAUGGUUCCCCAGACACCUCGCUCUCCACAGCACUGUCUGGUGCGCUCUUGCCAUGGCAGGUGGGAUAGGUAUGGUGACUAUAGCCUGGGAGCGGAAGCUGGCGCUUCUGGCAUGUAUGCUGCUUGCCGAGAAUACAUAUAGCAUCACAUACAUCAUUGCAUUGGGCUGGGCGACCUCCUCGGCAGCUGGGUAUACAAAAAAGCUGACCCGCAAUGCAAUGUUCAUGGUUGGGUAUAGUGUGGGCAAUCUUGUCUCGCCGCAGAUCUGGGUUCCUAGCGCUGGACCGAGAUAUUAUGGAGCGUGGGUUUCUAUGAUUGUUGUUAGCUGGGUUGGAACACCGGUCAUUCUCUGUGUGAUAUGGUAUAUCUUGGCGAAGAGAAACAAAGAGAGGAGAGAGUCGAAUGCGGUGGAAGAGAGGGAAGGGUGUGUGGAGCAGGUUGAAAAUGGAGUUGUGGUCACGAAAAAGGUGGAUGUUGCAUUAUUGGAUUUGACUGAUUUGGAGAACAAGUCAUUUAUUUAUCCGAUCUGA